CGGAAAUAAAACUAUUUAUUCAUCAUACAAAAUUCGUUGAUAUAGUUCUAAUACGUAUAACAGCUGUUUUGGAGAUACAAAAGGUCUCACAAUUAGAAAUCCUCUAUCAAAAUGGAAAGAAUAUGUAGUGGAAUUGAUAAAGAUGAUCAUUGUAAAUAUCCUGAUGCUCAGCAAAAAUCGUAUUUUCAGAAGCUUAUGGGACUUUUUACAUUAUCAAAGAUUUAUGGUCAUGCAGAAGUUAAAAUAACCCAAGGAGGCGAAUUGUUUGAUGUUUCAUUCUAUCAAGAUAGCGAGGGACGAUAUCAUUUGGAAAUUACAUAUCCAUUAAACUGGGUUCUAGAAAGUUUGAAUACAACACCAUACAGAACUAAAUUAAGAAUAAUAAAUGAGGGUAGGACAGAACACUCAAAAAUAGAGAAUAGAGUUUUCAACAGCCAAUCAGAUAUACAGCACGAACAAUAUUCAUGUUCAACCGAAAUAGAUAGAACAAAAAGACACAAUUCCAUAAAGAAUAAAAUUUGCACGAUGAAGUCACAUCUAAAGCCUGCAAAUGAGUUUUGUUCACCAAAAAGAGAUGAUCCUGAUCUUACAACUUUCGAUAAUCAACUAAUGUACAAAUAUAAUGUGAUCAGUGAAGAGGAUGAAUGCUCUCUAUCUGAAGAACAGUCUGAUGUUGAAUAUGAGAAUCCACGUUUUCGAGGAUCUUCAGUUAUAUUAAAAUCGCACAGCAUUAAGAAAUUCGAUAUUAACGACCACUCGGGUUUAGUAGAAUCUGUUAUGUUCACCAAGGAAAAUAGUUUCGGCCAAACAGAUCCGUUUCUAAUGUUUUCCUUAGGGUGUGGGUUUUAUACCCCACAUGCUCUGAUAAACUCCAACAUGGUGGAUAGUGAAAUUGGAAACUCUUUCAAAAUAUUUUAUAUUUCUGCAACCAAAACUGAGCUCCUAAUACUAUUGUUCACACCUAUUAGGAAAUUUACAGCCUUCCAGAUUGCAAAUACAAUCCUAAAUCGUAUCGACUGUCGAGACGUUAGAAGUACUACAGCUUUCCUUGAAUUAAUAAGCCAAACUGACAAGGAAAACGAUUGUGAAAGUGUACGGUCAGAGAAAGAAGAAGAAGUAAAUUACGCUUGCGACAGUUUAGAUCCAAAUGACAUUAUAGAAAAGACAAAAACACAGUUCGAUCAAUCUGAAAGCCAUAAGAACAUUCGACAAACCAAUUACAAAAAACUUGGAAAGAUAGAUAUAAACAGCAAACAAAUACAUUAUAAAAGUAUAGAUAAUUGUAAGAGUAAUUAUGUUGGAAAAAAUAGUCAUACUAAAGAUUUUACUCACAGCAUAGGAGUUCAUCGAACGAAAACUGGAAAUCACAAAUUAAAAACUCAAGGCCAAACACAUGCGACAUGGAAAAUAACAAUCAUACGUGGGGAAGAACAAAUAGUUGAUAGUUAUUUAGGGGACAGUAUGGUACGUCAAGCGAUGUAUGAAUUCUUUGGAGAAAAUGACUACAUAAGAUACAAAGCUUCAUUUGAACGACCGAACGUUCCCUGGCCAAGUAUGCAUCCUCUGUUACCAUACAAAUACCGUUUCUUAGACAACUGCGGAUCAUAAUAACAAAAAGUUUAUAAUUGCAGUUAUAUAUAAAAUUAUUAUAUUCCUAUUUGCUGUUACAUUUAUGUAUAUAUGUUUUGGUCUUUAGUGUGACAUCUAUGUUCACUGAACUAUUACACAAUUUUAUUGAGGGGCAAGCUGAGGACCACACAUGGGUGGGGGAUUUUGUCGCUACGUCGAAGACCCAUUGGUGGCCGUUGGCUUUUUCCUGCUCUUUUGUCGGGUUGUUGUCUCUUUUAGACAUUCCCAAUUUCCAUCCUCAAUAUCAUUACAUUUCUUUUGAAUCACUUAAGUAGCAAGUCAUUUCCUUACAGCGUAUAAGAUUAUUAACCGAUAUACAAUUGUAAAUUGUGAAGAAAUCCAGUUUAGAAACACUUUAUAUGAAAACUUGAUUGUUAUCAAUGAUGAAACCGAAUAAGUACUCAACAUUCUAAAUAGAAAAUGUACAAAGGCUAAGGGUAACUCAAAAUUAUCAGUGUAGGAUAAAAAGGUCAACAAAAUGGCCGAAAAAGCAAACAGAGACGAAAUGAUAUUAAGCGACACGAUUUGCAUCAUAAAAGAGAGAGUGGGUGUAUAUUGUGCUCCAACAACAUCGCAGUUCGUUAAAAUUAACAACAAGAUUAAUAUAUAACUUAGUUAACUUAGUUAGGUCUUUCCACUUUUCUGUGGAAAGACCUAUUGUAUUUCUUCUGAUUAUUAUUUUUUUUCCGCCAA